AUGUGUAAGGCCGGGCUAGAUGAAUCCAAAGCCGGAAUCAAUGUUGUUGGAAGAAAUAUCAACAACCUCAGAUACGUGGAUGAUACUACUCUGUUGGCUGAAAGUGAGGAAGAACUAAAGUACCUAUUGAUGAGGGCAAAAGAAGAGAGUGAAAAAGCUGCAUUGCUGCUCAACGUUAAAAAGACUAAGAUCAUGGCAAACAGCAAUCUCAGUUUCUGGCAAAUAAAUGGGGAAGAAGUGGAGGCAGUGGCAGAUUUUAUUUUCAUGGGAUCCAAGAUCUCUUCCGAUGGUGACUGUAGUCAUGAAAUUAAAAUAUGUUUGCUUCUGGGGAGGAAAGCUAUGGCAAGCAUGGACAAGCUGGUAAAAACGAAAAAUAUUACACUAUCAACAAAGAUCCGCAUAGUCAGAACUAUGGUAUUCCCAGUAGUAACAUACGGAUGUGAGAACUGGAAUAUAAAGAAGGCUGAGCGCCGUAGAAUUCAUGCCUUUGAACUGUGGUGUUGGCGAAAACAGCUUAGGAUCCUGUGGAAUGCAAGAAGAUCCAAUAAAUCCGUACUACAGGAAAUCAAGACAAACUGUUCACUGGAAGCUAUGAUCAUGAGACUGAAGCUCAAAUAUUUUGGCCAUAUGAUGAGAAUGCAGGAUUCUCUAGAGAAGACUCUGAUGUUGGGAAAGAUUGAAGGCACACGAAGAAGAGGACAGCAGAGACGGAGAUGGAUAGAUGAGGUCACUGAAGCCACGAACAUGAAGUUGUUGGAGCUCAGAGGGGCAGUGACUGACAGAUGUACCUAG